AAGAGCAGAACCUUUAUGUAAAGUGAGACUCAUUGUCAAAGAAGCAGCACUGUAUCUUGCACUCACUGUAGAACAGACACAUUUUAUAUAAAAGAAUUCCAAUUUUUUAAUAUAUUUUAUAUUCUUUUGUUAACCAUGGGACUAGGAGACAAACAAAAAUUAACAGUAUCCUUUCACCGUACUGGGACAGGCAGCCCUCUCCCAAUCUAUUACAGUGGGGAGACUGUCUCUGGAAAGGUGACUCUAGAACUUAGUUCAGAAACCAAAGUAAAAUACCUAGAAAUGUAUGCCAAAGGGAAAGCAAAGGUACGGUGGACAGAAUGCAGAACAGUCGGCAAUACAACGUAUGUCGAGGUUUACUACGAUGAAGUUGAAUAUUUUAACUUGAAAACCAUCUUGCUUGGAGAAGAAAAUGACCGUGAUCAAUCUGCAGAUGGAGCUAUUCGACUUGGUCCAGGAAACCAUGACUAUGAAUUCAGCUUUCAACUUCCACAGGGGUAA